UGAUCACCGAGUGCGGAUCACUGAGAAAGGCCGUGUUUAGCAAUACGUGCAAUAUUAAAGCGAAAAGCAAGUUUUAUGCGAGUUAAUGUCAUAUCCACAUUGAAAGAUGGACAGAGCACAGCUGAUGAAAACUGUUGAAAGCUUGAGAGACCAACUUCGUAUCUCCCGAAUGCCUGUGUCUAUAUGCAGUAACGAGUAAGUCCGUCUAGCCCUUGUCUUGACAUGAUUUAGAUUUGUAAACUUGGAGGUUUAUCACGAGCGACAUCGCCGGAGAACUGUCUAUCAGCACAAAUCGGGCGUCGUUUCGCAGCCAAAAAUUUGUUUCUUCCGCUUCUACAAAAGCCAACUGUAAUAUUUAAACCUAUUGCUAUGCUAAAUCAGUAAUAAGUUCUUUGAAUAUAAGCGAUUGCAGGGCGCGUGAUAAGGCUUCUGUAAGAAACAACACUCGUCUCUGAUCUUCUUGUAAAUCGAAAAAGGCUCGAACGUGCGCCAGAAACCCCAGUUUUAAAAAUCUCUUGAUUCCAAGUUUUGAAGGAUUUUAAUCCCGUUUUAAGAAAAGCAAAUCCGCGAUUUUAAUAGUCGGAAGCCAUACUUUUUUCAUAUUGAUGUGGAUUUUUUUUUGCUAAACUCGCCGCAAAAUGAACUGAAACCAUAAACAAAGCCGUUUACUAGGCAAAGUUUCAUAUAUAAAUGCGAUAAAAGAGAAACACUAGACGCCGCGUUAUUAUUGCUCUGGGAACGUUUUCGGUCUAAAUGCAAAAUAUAAUUGGGAAAAAACGGAGGUUUUUUUAACCUAGAAAUCAUUGUCAGAACUGUAUUUAGAAUGGGCGAAAUUGCAAAUUCUCUUAAUUGUGUCUAGCAUGGAAGCAUCUGCGCAUGGUCUUAGAUCUCCAGAUUACUUUUGUCCUCGAUGUUUGAAGCGCGUUUAAGCAGUAUUUUCCUCAGCUGUUGCGUUUAAGUAAUUUUUUAAUGUAUAGAAUGUCCAAGAAAGCGAUGAAUAGUAAAUUUUACGUUGUUAAAUUUUUAAUUUUCAUUAUUAUCUAACUUAGGCUGAAAGACUACUGUACGCAAAAUGGAACGAAAGACCCACUGAUUCAUCCACCCGAAAGAAGAGAAAAUCCAUUCGCCGAGAAGCAGAAAUGUUCUAUUCUUUGACCGUGAAGAAGCUCAAGCUACAGAGAUGGAGAUAUGGUGUUAUUUCUUUGGUAAAACGAACAUUUUGAGACAAUUUGUUAGAACUGUGAGGCCAUAAAUUUCGCCUAAAUGAGCGGAUAUUAUUAGCUGCUCAUGCAUAAUCAGUGGAGAAUUCAAUUCUGCAGGUCGACAACGAAAUUGUCGCCUAAUAAAAGAAAAUCCGUUGUAAUCGAAACUGAAAAUAAUAAGGCUGUUGGCUAUAUACUCGAUGUCGUCGCAUCGUAAAGAAGUAUGUGGCGAAAGUUGUUUUUCUGCUUUACACUUGAAUAGGUUUUUUCUUUUUUCAACACUGAGCUUUGAAGUUUCGUCAAAAACCUAGUGCCCUAGUGAACACAUUGUGAAUUCAUUAUCUCUCCAGUUUAGGUCUUUCAAGGCCUACCACAUCCGGUGUUUUUCUUGAAUGUAGCAUACCAUGUAGCGAUGCAUCCAUUUACUUGAAAAUUAUGAUGUUCGUAAGCGUUUUAAAGGUUAAAACGUAUUAAAAGAAAUCAUUUUGCAAAUAGGCCAUAAGUAAACUCAUUCUCCUCUAUGUCCGUAAAAUUAAGACAGAGAAUCGAGAUGUUAAAUUAUUUAUUCUUAGCAAUUGUUUUAAGGUUUUCUAUCGGACAAACCAUACUAUUAUACAACAACAAUUAAAACAAGGAAUAAAAUAAAUAGCCGAAAUUUAAUAUAAACGCGUGGCUGUCCAAAUGAUUCAGACUGAAAUUUCACAAUGAAACACUGGCAAAUGUUUUCGAGGCUAAAAUGAAAAACGUUGAAAAAUGUCAGCGAAACACAAUCAAGAAAAGGUC